AUGUUAUCUAGAAUGUUUUCGAGAACUAGUAGACUUCGAAGUCUUACAAGAGUAUCACAAAUAUCUGUCAGAUACAAGUCGGAUGGAAUUUCACCUCGUGCGAUUGCACGAAGAUCAAGUCUUCCAAAUAUUCCUAAUCCAGAUACUCCCAACAAGGAUAUUGAUCCUAAGAAUAAGUUGGAGAAGCCUGAAUAUGAAACAGGAGGAGAAGUGACGAUGCCCGGAUGGAAAAAGUCUUUUGGAGAAGCUUUGGUGUCAGUUUUCCAUAUUGAUAUGGAUCAGAUUAGAGCUAGUUCUAUUUCAGGCUCCAAGUAUUACUACAUGUGCAAAGAUCAAGCCUUGCAGUUCAAGGAUGACCAGUUAUCUGAAUCGGCAGUUUUUUGGUACAACACUUUGGGAUUACCUAGAACUUUUGCUCAGUGGUACCAAAUUACAGUACUACAUGUUUGGAUGCUGUUUGUGAGAAUGAGAUCCAUGCCUUUUAAAGUAGGUAAGAACUACCAGCAGAAGCUUGUCGACAAGUUAUUCAAGGAUAUUGAACUUCGGUUAUCUGAAGAGAUGAAUGUUCUUUCCGGAAGGAUUAGGGACAUGUAUUUAAAGGACUUCCAUUCGCAGAUGAUAGGAAUGGUUUGUGCGUUUGAUGAAGGAUUUGCGUCCGAGUCUGAUGCCUAUCUGGCAUAUGCCGUGUGGAGAAACAUUUUUAAUGGAGAUAAGAAUGUUGAUAUAGUGAAAUUGGAGGCCGUUGUCCGGUAUGUUCGCAUGCAACUCUAUGUUUUGGACAAGAUUUCUGAUAGAGCCUUUGGCUUUGGAGAUUUUGAGUUUGUAGCACCUUCUGAGACUGUCGAUCCACUCACUGCUGAGGAGGAGCACCAGUUGAAGCUUGCUACAAAGAACAAGUACGAGCCAAUGGAUAGGAUACUGCCGCCUAGCCAAAGAUCCAAGUUGUCGAUAGAUGAGUGA